AUGCAACAUGUCCCGAAAGACGGCAAACUGCUCCAACCACAGGCUCGAGAUCUGCUUUCAAAGACCCACACCGCAAAGCUGAACCUGAGGGACAAUCCCGAAAGCGGCGUUUUUGCUGAAGGCCUCAGUGCUUUUGCGGUGAAGUCCGCUGAAGAACUGGCGAAGCUCCUGGCAACGGGACAGCGCAACCGAAAGGUGGGCGCCACAUUAAUGAACGCUGUCUCAAGCAGGUCCCACUCCAUCUUCACGCUAGCAGUUGAGAGCGCAGACAAAGAAGGGCGCGUGCGCAUGGGGAAGUUGAAUCUUGUGGAUCUUGCCGGCUCAGAAAGGCAGAGUAAAGCUGGAUCUGUAGGCGAACGGUUUAGGGAAGCUAUGAAGAUCAAUUUAUCUCUGAGCGCCUUGGGAAAUGUUAUUUCCGCCUUGGCGGAACAGUCGCCCUUCAUUCCGUACCGCGAUUCGAAACUGACACGGAUCCUACAGGCCUCAUUAGGCGGGAACACGAGGACUGCCAUGGUGGCCAACGUCGGACCUGCAUGCGUCCACUACGACGAGACUCUGAGCACGCUCCGAUAUGCACAGCGAACAAAGCACAUUAAGAAUGCCCCGCAUGUUAACGAAGAUCCGAAGCAGGCAGUGAUUUUGGCGUUCCAGGAAGAAAUCGCUCGGCUGAAGCAGCAGCUCCAAGCGGCGGAGGGUGCGUCUCCCAAAACUUCCCAGUGUAUUGCCCUGUUUAGUAAAAGCCAGGCUGCUAACGUCAGUUCACUUAAUACUUGCAACCAGGACAGCUUUAGUGGAUACGAGAAGGCUAUCGAAAUGGCACGAAGAAAGGCAGAAGAAGACCUGAAGGCGAAGGAGGUCGAGGUGGCAAUGUAUGAACAGCACAAGGCUGAGCUGGCGAUCCGCCUGCAAAACAUGGAGGCGCAACUUUUGCGAGGUAAUGCGGAAGUUUCCAAAGCCAAACAGCAGCAGCGGGAGUUGAAGAGGACGCAGCUUCGAUUAGAAGAACAGAAGAAGAUGGAGGAGCAGCUCCGUAGAGAGCGAGAUCAAGGCACAGAAGCCCGGCUACUGCUUGAAAGCCUGGUGACCUCCAAAGACAAGGAACUGAGCCACUUGUCCAGCAAAGUGCAAGAGCUUUGCAGACGCUAUACUGAAGUCGUUGAUGACAUUGAAGACCUGCAAAAGGAGUUUCAAGCCGAGAGAGAGUCUCUCCUGCACGAUAUACGGUCAAUGGAGCUCGAGAUGCGCUUGCAACAAGCCAUAAUAGAUCGUUUCAUUCCUCCUGAGGAGGCAACCCGAAUCCGCACGGUCGCUUCCUGGGACGAGGUUCAAGGCGAGUGGAUAAUACCAAAUUCGGAGCUCACGGGAAACGGAAUGGACUUGUGUAGCAUGUUGUAUCCAACGAUGUUACAAUUAGGUUCAUUCAUGGAGCUGCCUCUCGCGCACUUUCAACGAAACGACGGCCUAAAGGGGGAAGCAGCAGUAGCAGCCAUGGAACUUCCGUGCGGGAUGCUUGGCGUGAACAGGAUGCGGGCUGACUCUGUAGCGGAGACGCCAUUUUCUGUCGCUCGAGAAAGCUGUCCAAUAUCUGGUCGCUCCCAUUCCGAUUCCCGUGCGGCCGACGCCGUUGAGAAAGCACUGGAAUAUGUUAAGAAACGAUACUUCAAGGAAUACCCAUGUCUUCCUCAGAGCCCCGAUGUAGAGGUGGUAGGACAGCAAGCAGGAGCAGCGUUCCACUCCCGAAUGCUUCCUUCGUCUCGCCACGCGAGCGCUGUAGGAUCGCGUGCUGUGUUGGCGCACCAACCAGGCGAGUCCCCUCUCUGA